CUUUCAAUGGAAGACAGCGAGACGUCUGCGGCGAAAGAAGACCAGAUAAGUCAAGGACGUUCAUUGCCUGUGGAACUCUGGAUGCACAUCCUGGGCGAUGUUGCGGAGGAACGGAACUACGAUGUGAUAGCAAGAUGCGCCAGGGUCUGCCAAUUCUUCCGGAACUUGUGUAAUAAACAUUUGAAGGACGAGUUGACGUUCGGAAGCGAAGAAGACGUGGCGCGCCUCAAGACCGACGUCGAAGCGAAGGAGAUCGGAGGCUGGCGAGGACCGAAUCACGUGACCAUCUGGGGAGAACAAGACUCGAAAGUGAUUCCACACGUGGCCACGCUCGCGUCCAGAUUCGCAGGCAGAUGGACUCGGGUCGAGGAGCUGACCAUCGAAUGGGCGUCGUGGCCGUCGUCGCUCCGGGCCGCCAAUGCCGCCGUCUUUCGGGAUUUAUCCCGCUUUGCCUCGAUCACCCGCCUCGUCUUGCCCAAGCGCAAAUUCACUCCUACAGUAUGGCCGUUCUAUAUGGAGCUCCUCGAGUUCAUGAGUGCUGUGAGCAACCCCUGUGGCAAGUCUCCCCGUGCGUAUUCGUGGGGCUCGGUAGACCGCUUGCACCUCCACGAAUCUGUCUGGUGGAAAUUCUCAUCCUCCUCCAUUGCUCGGCUCUUGCGUGCGCUCCCAUCACUUAUGGCCCUCGUAUUUGAAAACGCAGGAAACCUGUUUGAGGAAAUGAGGAUCACAGGUAUCUCCGCACUUCACACGCUGCGCCCAAUGCACAUUCGCGUGGGAUGUUGGGGUGCUCGUUCUCGGCAUGGGGCCCAUAUAGUCCGUUCCUUGAUCAAGAUGGACUAUCCUCUCAGAAUUACGGCGCUCUACAUACCAAUAUAUCCCUUGUCACGACGUACCGAUAUGGUGGCCACCGCUAUCAAUGAAUUGAUCCGGCACGCGGGACCGUCACUCGAGCAUCUUGAUCUUGCUAUGCUUGUGCGCGGGCAUGCUCGACCGGGUAAGAUUUGGGAGUUUAAAAUUGCUGCAAAUCAACACCGUGGCUCUGAUCUCUCCGAGAACACAAACCGUGACCUCGAGUCGAUUCGAAUCAAACAUCUCGGUGCGCUCUGCCUCAGCGCGUGUGAGAUCCUGUCUCACGUCACAUCGACAUGCAUCUCUUCUGUCGACAUCCGUUUCCAGUCACAGUGGAGUGAUCGAGGAGAGUUGAGCGACGUCUUUACUCAAUUGGAUGUCGUGCUUUCACUUCCUGUCUUCGACAAUCUCGUGCGCGUACUUAUACAUGUGGAAUUCGGUAAGCACCACCGGCGUCUCCAUGAAGAAGAGAUGCAACAGUGGGCGUACUUGAUGAAGCCAUGCUUGGCUAGUCUCGAUAAACGGGGAGUUCUAAAAAUUGACACAAGUGGCGGCAUCUCGACGCCCGUUGACCUUGCAAUACUAUGGGCUCUUAAGGUUCUAGCUUGGAGAAUUGAUGUUAGCAAGCACGACGAGAAUGUCAACGUAGGGAUCGUCGAGGUUUCUGCAUCUGAAGGCAGUGUACCUUCGGGAACAAUAGCGGCGCACACGGAGUGA